GACACAAGAACAGGACCGCGCCCGUGGCCGCUUCCGCAGGGCAGCACAGGCCGUUCUGAAGUUCGUGGGCAUUCGGCGUCGGAAGACCAGGAUCACACCGACCGAGGUCAUGGCACAGCCUGACCCCACGCCGAGUGAGCUGACGGCCAAGGCUGACGGCGCAACGCCCCAGGGCGAGGCAGACACUGACAUCGCAGCCGUUCAGCGCCUGCCCAAUGCUCCUGCUCUGGCCAUUCCUGGGGAGAGAGUUGUCUCUGUGGAAGAAGCCAUGAAGCCAGAGAGAGACACAGAGCAGAGACCCCCCAGGGUGCCCAAGCUGGCCUGGCUGAAGGAGGGGGAGGAGGAAGGCCCUGGAGCUGCCCCAUCCCAGCAGCCUGAAGAGGCGGAGCAGUCCCAGCCCCUGCAGGAGGAUCCAGGCCGGGACCGGACACAGGAGCAGGACCGCCCCCGUGGCCGCUUCCGCAGGGCAGCACAGAUGGUUUGCCAAUUCACCAGGCGCAUUUGGAGGGAAGAGACCAUCGCCAUGGGCGCUGGGGGCAUGGCAAACUCUGACCUCUGCAGUGCCGAAACCAGUGCUGCCCUGCUGGAUUUGCUGGUGGAGAAUGGUGUCUCCAGUGCCAAGAAAGUGCCGGCCUUGGUCAGGUACAUCCACCGGUGGCUGACGGCCAAUGUGGCUGCUGAGCGCAGACUCGACAAGACUCUGCUGGCUCUGGUCAAGGCACACCCUGUGGAUGUGGUGGUGACUCUGCUGCGCUGGGCCCCAUCGUGUGACAGGUGCUGUGGCUCUGUCACCUGGGAGUGGGAAGUGCCCAGGCCGUGGCACUGUGGCUGA